AAAUCCGUAUACAUAAAUAGCAUUGAAGAACGUAUCCUCUAACAGUAUCGAAAUCCGACCCAAACACAAACCUUACACACCACCAAAUCCAUCAAUUGUGAGACCAUUCCACCUCUGAAUUGGAUUGGACUGCCCUUUGACCUUCACUUAGCUGCAGUAUAAAAUGGGAGAAGUGAAACUACUGGGAGCUUGGCCAAGUCCAUACGUCUACAGGAUCUUAUGGGCUUUAGAGCUGAAGGGCAUAAAGUAUGAGUAUGUAGAGGAGGAUUUAAACAACAAGAGUGAUUUGCUAUUGAAGUAUAACCCAGUUUACAAAAAGGUUCCAGUCCUUGUUCAUGAUGGAAAGCCAAUCUCAGAAUCCACUGUAAUUCUUGAAUACAUAGAGGAAACAUGGACACAAACACCCUUGCUUCCAAAGGACCCAUAUGAGAGGGCCGUGGUGCGGUUCUGGGUCAGUUUUUCUGAGGAAAAGAGUGUUUCAUUUAUGUCAUUCUUUGUAACUGUUGGAGAAGAGCUUCAGAAGGCAACAAACGAAGUUAGAGAAGUGCUUAAAAUAUUAGAAGAAACUGUAGGGGACAAGAAAUAUUUUGGUGGUGAAGAAAUUGGACUGUUAGACAUAAUCUUGGGAUGGAUACCCUUGUCAUUUGGAGUCAUUGAAGAUGUUGUUGGAGUUGAAGUGUUGAUUGUCAAUGAUUUCCCUCGCAUGUUUAACUGGAUUCGGAACUUCAGGGAGCACCCCACUAUCAAAGCCAACCUUCCAAGUCACCAAGAUUUGUUUGCUUAUUACAAGCAAAAGAGGGAGAUUUUUGUUCCAUCCAAUAUAGCAUGAAUGCUAGAUAGAACUGGUUUGUAUUUUAAUGAUAUAUUUUGCUUGAUGCUUUAUAUAUGUUAAAAAUAGCAUGCAUGUAACAUUCUAUCAACUAAAGCAAGAAAGAUUGACUUUCUUUUCU